AUGGCGACUCCUGCCGCAACCCAGUUGGGGAUGACGCCGCCGCUGUCUCUUAACCUCCCCACGGUAGCUGAGAAUAAGGCCAGCAACGCCCUUAUCGAAGAGUUGAAGAGACAGAACAACUAUGAAAGCACGUCGGAGACAAAUAAGCGAACCGUCGUCUUACAAUCCCUCCAGGCCAUUACGGAAGAAUUCGUGAGGCAGGUCACUCGAUUACAGGGCAAGCCGGAAAGUUUCGUCAAACGCGCAGGUGGCAAGAUCUUCACAUAUGGAAGCUUUCGUCUGGGUGUCUUUGGGCCUGGCUCGGACAUUGAUACUCUCGUCGUCGUUCCCAAACACGUCUCCGUCGAUGACUAUUUUGCAUACUUCCCAGACCUUCUGAAGAAGAUGGCACCUGAGGGUUCUAUUACCGAACUCACGCCUGUCCCAGAUUCCUUCGUGCCCAUUAUAAAAUUCGUGUACUCUGGCAUCAGCAUCGAUUUGAUUUUCUCCCGCCUGGAGAAGGACCAGGUUCCGAAAGACACAACGUUGCAGGGUGAUGAUGUGUUAGAUGGGCUGAGUGAAUCGGAACUACGUUCAUUGAACGGCACUCGAGUAACCGACGAAAUAUUGAAUUUAGUUCCGCAAAAGGCCAUCUUCAGGACUGCUCUUCGAGGAAUUAAGCUGUGGGCGCAGCGCCGAGCGAUAUACGCCAACAUCAUGGGCUUUCCCGGCGGCGUGGCUUGGGCGAUGCUCGUAGCUCGAAUCUGUCAGCUUUACCCCAAGGCCACCAGCUCAACCAUCAUUUUAAAAUUCUUCCGUAUCAUGGACAAGUGGCAAUGGCCACAACCAGUCCUGUUGAAGAAUAUUGUGAAAGGCAGGCACAAUGUCCGGGUUUGGAAUCCUCAAGUGUAUGGCAGCGAUAGAGGCCAUCUCAUGCCAAUAAUUACACCAGCAUUUCCCCAAAUGUGCGCGACGCAUAAUAUCACGUACUCGACCAAGGAGGUUAUACAGAGAGAACUAAAGCGUGGUGGGGACAUCACCGAUAAUAUCAUGUCAGGCAAGGCCCAAUGGAAGGAUUUAUUCGUCAAGCACACGUUUUUCACGCAAGGCUAUAAAUACUACCUCUCCGUCAUCGCAGCUAGCUCUACGGAGGAAGCCCAACUCAUCUGGGGUGGAUUGGUAGAAUCUAAGGUUCGCCUGCUUGUUUCUGGACUCGAGAACCAACCAUCGAUUAAACUAGCCCACCCUUUUAACAAGGGCUUCGAGCGGAUCCAUAAGUGCCAUAACGAGGAAGAAAUCGAGAAGGCGAAGAGCAAUCUUGAAUACCAAGUCAAGGAUAUCCCCACGGAAACCACUGAUCCUUCCCCUCCGCUAGAGCCCACUAAUGAAGUCGUAUCAGAAGAUGCGGAAGUAAAUGGUGGCCCCAAUACAAACGGUGCGGAGAAACCAUGUAUGGUUUAUACUACUACCUGGUAUAUUGGACUGGAGCUUCGGGAAGGUGCCAAAUCCCUUGAUCUUUCUGCAGAAGUAGACCACUUCAAGAAGAUUUGUACAGGCUGGGAGAAAUAUAAGCCUGAAUUCAAUGCCCUGAACGUCACUCAUACCAAGAAUUAUGAUCUUCCGGACGACGUAUUUUGUGAAGGUGAAAUCAAGCCAGUCCGACCCCAAAAGAAAAAGGCGGCCAAUGGUGUGGCAAAGAAGCGCUCAGCAACAGAAGAUUCAGCCAGCAUACCUGCGAAGAGACAACAAACAUAG